AUGAGCCUGCAGAGCGCGCAGUAUCUCCGGCAGGCAGAAGUCCUGAAGGCUGACAUGACAGAUUCUAAGCUGGGUCCAGCCGAAGUCUGGACAUCCAGGCAGGCUCUGCAGGACCUGUACCAGAAAAUGCUAGUUACUGAUUUGGAAUACGCUUUAGACAAGAAAGUAGAACAGGAUCUCUGGAAUCAUGCCUUUAAGAAUCAGAUCACAACACUACAAGGCCAGGCAAAGAAUCGAGCAAACCCGAAUCGGAGUGAAGUUCAGGCAAACCUUUCUCUGUUCCUAGAGGCAGCUAGUGGCUUCUAUACUCAGUUAUUACAAGAACUGUGUACAGUGUUUAAUGUAGAUUUACCAUGCCGUGUGAAGUCUUCCCAGUUGGGAAUUAUCAGCAAUAAACAGACGCAUACCAGCGCCAUAGUGAAGCCACAGUCUAGCUCCUGUUCCUAUAUCUGCCAGCACUGCCUCGUUCACCUUGGAGACAUUGCUCGAUACAGAAACCAGACCAGCCAGGCAGAGUCCUACUAUAGGCAUGCAGCUCAGCUUGUCCCCUCUAAUGGUCAGCCUUACAAUCAGUUGGCUAUCUUAGCUUCUUCCAAAGGAGACCAUCUGACCACAAUUUUCUACUACUGCAGAAGCAUUGCUGUGAAGUUCCCUUUCCCAGCUGCCUCUACUAAUCUACAAAAAGCACUUUCUAAAGCACUGGAAAGCCGGGAUGAGGUGAAAACCAAAUGGGGUGUUUCUGACUUCAUCAAGGCCUUUAUUAAAUUCCACGGUCAUGUGUACCUGAGUAAGAGCUUGGAAAAGUUGAGCCCUCUUCGAGAGAAGUUGGAAGAACAGUUUAAGAGGCUGCUAUUCCAGAAAGCUUUCAACUCUCAGCAGUUAGUUCACGUCACUGUCAUUAACCUGUUCCAGCUUCAUCACCUUCGUGACUUUAGCAACGAAACAGAGCAGCAUAGUUACAGCCAAGAUGAGCAGCUGUGUUGGACACAGUUGCUGGCCCUCUUUAUGUCUUUUCUUGGCAUCCUGUGCAAGUGUCCUCUCCAAAACAAGUCUCAGGAGGAAUCCUACAAUGCCUAUCCCCUCCCUGCUGUCAAGGUGUCCAUGGACUGGCUGAGACUCAGACCCAGGGUGUUUCAGGAGGCAGUGGUGGAUGAAAGACAGUACAUUUGGCCGUGGCUAAUUUCUCUUCUGAACAGUUUCCAUCCCCAUGAAGAAGAUCUUUCAAGUACUAAUGCAACACCACUUCCAGAGGAGUUUGAGUUACAAGGAUUCUUGGCUUUGAGACCUUCUUUCAGGAACUUGGAUUUUUCCAAAGGUCAUCAGGGUAUUACAGGAGACAAAGAGGGUCAGCAACGACAAAUACGACAGCAGCGUUUGAUCUCUAUAGGCAAAUGGAUUGCAGAUAAUCAGCCAAGGCUGAUUCAGUGUGAAAAUGAGGUAGGGAAAUUGUUGUUUAUCACAGAAAUCCCAGAGUUAAUACUGGAAGACCCCAGUGAAGCCAAAGAGAACCUCAUUCUGCAAGACACAACCAUCAUAGAGUCCCUGGCUGCUGAUGGGAAUCCAGGACUGAAAUCAGUGCUGUCUACAGGCCGAAAUCUAAGCAACAACUGUGACACAGGAGAGAAACCAGUGGUCACCUUCAAAGAGAACAUUAAGCCACGAGAAGUGAACAGAGACCAAGGAAGAAGUUUCCCUCCCAAAGAGGUAAAAUCUCAGACAGAGUUAAGAAAGACUCCAGUGUCUGAAGCCAGGAAAACACCUGUAACUCAAACCCCAAGUCAAGCAAGUAACUCCCAGUUCAUCCCCAUUCAUCACCCUGGAGCCUUCCCUCCUCUUCCCAGCCGGCCAGGGUUCCCGCCCCCAACAUAUGUUAUCCCCCCUCCUGUGGCAUUUUCUAUGGGCUCAGGUUACACCUUCCCAGCUGGUGUUUCUGUCCCAGGAACCUUUCUUCAGCCUACAGCUCACUCUCCAGCAGGAAACCAGGUGCAAGCUGGGAAACAGUCCCACAUUCCUUACAGCCAGCAACGGCCCUCCGGACCAGGGCCAGUGACCCAGGGACCUCAACAGCCUCAGCCACCUUCCCAGCAGCCCCUCCCACCUCUACCAGCUCCGCCAACAGCACAGACUGCAAGCCAGCUGCAGGUUCAAGCUCUAGCUCAGCAGCAACAGUCCCCUACAAAAGCUGUGCCGGCUUUGGGGAAAAGUCCGCCUCACCACUCUGGAUUCCAGCAGUAUCAACAGGCAGAUGCCUCCAAACAGCUGUGGAAUCCCCCUCAGGUUCAAGGCCCAUUAGGGAAAAUCAUGCCUGUGAAACAGCCCUACUACCUUCAAACCCAAGACCCCAUAAAACUGUUUGAGCCGUCGUUGCAACCUCCUGUAAGGCAGCAGCAGCCUCUGGAGAAAACAAUGAAGCCUUUCCCCAUGGAGCCAUAUAACCAUACCCCCUCAGAAGUCAAGAUCCCGGAGUUCUACUGGGAUUCUUCCUACAGUGCGGCAGAUAACAGAGCUGUGAUGGCACAGCAAGCCAGUGUGGACCGCAGGGGCAAACGGUCCCCGGGAGUCUUCCGUCCAGAGCAGGACCCUGUGCCCAGGAUGCCGUUUGAGGACCCCAAAGGCUCCCCUCUGCUUCCUCCGGACCUGUUAAAGAGUCUGGCUGCCUUGGAGGAAGAGGAAGAGCUGAUUUUUUCUAACCCUCCUGAUCUUUACCCAGCUCUGCUGGGACCUCUCGCCUCUCUUCCUGGACGAAGCCUCUUUAAAUCCUUACUGGAGAAGCCCUCAGAGCUCAUGUCACACUCAUCCUCUUUCCUGUCCCUCACCGGAUUCUCCCUCAAUCAGGAACGAUACCCAAAUAACAGUGUGUUCAAUGAAGUAUACGGGAAGAACCUGACAACCAGCUCCAAAGCAGAACUUAAUCCCUCAGUGGCUCCCCAGGAAACAUCAUUGUACUCCCUUUUUGAAGGGACUCCGUGGUCUCCAUCUCUUCCUGCCAGUUCAGAUCAUUCAACACCAGCCAGCCAGUCUCCUCAUUCCUCCAACCCAAGCAGCCUGCCAAGCUCCCCUCCAACACACAACCACAAUUCUGUCCCAUUCUCCAAUUUUGGACCCAUUGGGACUCCAGAUAACAGGGAUAGGAGAACUGCAGACCGCUGGAAAACUGAUAAGCCAGCCAUGGGUGGGUUUGGCAUUGAUUAUCUCUCAGCAACAUCAUCCUCUGAGAGCAGUUGGCAUCAGGCCAGCACUCCAAGUGGCUCCUGGACAGGCCAUGGCCCAUCCAUGGAGGAUUCUUCUGCUGUCCUCAUGGAAAGCCUAAAGUCUAUCUGGUCCAGUUCCAUGAUGCAUCCUGGACCUUCCGCUUUGGAGCAGCUGUUAAUGCAGCAGAAGCAGAAACAGCAGCGGGGACAAGGCACCAUGAACCCUCCACACUGA